AGCAGAAAUGACGAAUGCCGGCGUGACGGAAGUGCUGGAGAAGCAGCUGUCGGCCAAAGAGAUACUGAAGUGGAGUCCAUUGCGCUUCGCCGAAGAAACUCACGCUUGGGGAUGGGUGGAAAUUCUGCUGCAAGGAGGCUUACCUCGGAAGCACCUGGAAGUAACGAGAGCCAAGUUGAGUGACCCCGAGCACGCCGCCGGCAUCAUGGAGCAGCUGUGCGAGUGCGGGCACCUGCAGCUGCUGCAGUUCGCCCUCUCCGUGGACCCUGCCCUGGCGAACGUGGCGCUGCAGGGGGGCGGCCGCAGCCCGCUGCAGGUGGCGGCGGCGCGCCGGCGCGACGCGGCGGUGCGGCUGCUGGUGGAGGCGGGGGCCGACGUGGGCGCCCGGGACGGCCGCGGCCGCACCGCGCUGCACGCCGCCGUGGCGCACGGCGCCGUCGACGCCACGCGCAUCCUGCUGCACGCCGGCGCCGACGCCUGGGCGCGCGACGCCGACGGCAGGACGGCGCGCGAGCUGGCGCGCAGGAACGAGCAGGUGGCGACGGUGCAGGUGCUCGAGGAGCUCACCGGCGAUGUGCACUGGCCGCUGCGGCGCCUCAUCCUGGCGGCCGAGGCCUCCAACGUGCCCGCGGUGCGCCAGCUGCUGGCCGCCAGGCGCGGGCCUCCGAAGGGCAGGUGGACGCACCUGCACUGGGCGUCGCUCAAGGGCAGCGCCACGGUUGUCAGGACGCUGGUGGCCGCCGGGAUGGACCCCGACGCGCGCGACCGGCACGGCAACACCCCGCUGCACGCGGCGGCGGCGCGGGGCCGGCCGGAGGUGGUGCAGGCGCUGGUGGAGGCGGGGGCCGCGCUCAACGCGGCGGACGCCACCGGCUCGACGGCGCUGCACUACGCCGUGCGCACCGGCAACGUGGCGGCGGCGCGGCUGCUGCUGGCCGCCGGCGCCGACACCGAGGUGCGCGAUGGCGACGGCGACACCGCGCUGCACCGCGCCGUCUCCAGGGGGUCGCUGGACGCCGUCAGCGCCCUGCUGCACGCAGGCGCGCGCCGCGACGCCGCCGACGCCGACGGCCGCACGCCCUACGACGUGGCGCGCCUCUUCGGCUACACCGACAUGCUCCGCUUCCUGCGCCUCUCCCCCUGACUGCUCCGCCAGUCUACACCUCUCCACCGUACUGUGCAAACCACUGUCAGCUGUGUCGCAGACAGUGCUUCCCGUUGUGGGAGUCGUUAUUUCUUCUUCCCAUUCCAAUCAUGUAUGGAGAGCGGUGAAUGUUUAAGUGCUGUGUGCGCAAUAUCAUUAACAAUAUCUGGUCAUCACGAUCCUCAAGGGAGCAAUACGUCAUUUAAAGCUUCUUCUUCAAAGCCUUCUAGGGUCAGUUUUUGUCUGUCAUUAAGAGCCUGGCAGUUCAAUUUCUUUAGCAUCUCUGUGACACUCUCCUACGAGUCAAAUAACCCUAUGACACUCGGCCUCCCUUCUCUGUAUCUAUUCCAUAACCACUACUUUCGUAUGGGCCCACGCACUUUACUAAUAUUCUCGAAUGAGCCACACGAGUGUUUUAUAUGGAAUUGUAUUUCCCGACUGUUCUACAAAUAAAUCGUAAUCAGCCACAGGCUUUACCCAGAACUGAGCUUACACGAUCAUUCCAUUUUAUAUCCCUCCAAAGUGUAACACCCUACUUUUUGCAAAUGCAGACCAUGGCGACAUGUACAGGAAGAGAGUGAAUCAGAUUCUGGAAGGUACCAUCAAGGAUUUGUAGCUAUGUCAACUCAAGUGCUGUGGCCAGCUGACCUAGGUUUCUCGGCUGAGUAUCCACUGUGCGAACAGCUUCAUGGUGGCUCCACAGAUUCCCCUACAAAGUGUAACGCCCUACCUUUUGCGAUGCACGCCAUGGAAACAUGUACAGGAAGAGAGUGAAUCAGAUUCUGGAAGGUACCAUCAACGAUUUGUAGUAAAGUCAAUUCUAGUACUGUGGCCAGCUGAGGUAGGUUUCUUGGCUGAGGUUCCAUUGCGCGAACAGCCUGAUCAAGGUGCUUCUACAGAUUCUCAAGGGAUUUUAAAUCUGGGGAAUUUGGCGGCCAGGGGCUACAGUUAACUCAUGCUGUUACUCUCUCAAUCACGCACCUACACUGUGUGAGCUGUGUGACAACUUGCAAGUUAUCAUGUGAAGGAAAAAGAGCAUGAAGGUGUGGACAUCAGUAGAACAGUAAGGGUGGCAUGGAUGCACUUUUGAUAUCUAAUUGAUAAGUACAUUGAUCAAUUAAUUACCACCACGGCACUGCAAGUAGUCUUCAACCAUGACGACACAUGAUGCCGCAUGUCUCAUAUCCUUAGUCCACCUCAGAGUGUCCACAUCUGUUGUAAGAUAUGGAUACAUUUUGGAUCUUAGACCAAGAAACUCCACAAUCGACAAUCGAUUCGCCUCAUCCUGCAGUAGGCCUGUAUCCUCUUGUUAAUAAACAAACAGAAAAUAGAUAGAUGGCCUAAGAUACAAAACUUCAUAUCACUGAUCCCACAAAAUAACACAAUUAAUUAAAAUUCUUCAGUAAAUUUAAACAAAGGAAUACUCACCCUUUAAACAAAGAACGUUUAUAGGUAAUCAGUUUAAAAUUUAAAGAAGAUACUCACGAAAAUAACCAAGAAAGCAAGUAUAAACAUGCCCUUACCCUAAUACUGACAUCAUCCCCAAGGAUAGAGGAACUCUUGUGUUGAUCCAUUGGGUCUUCCAAAAUGACGAGAUUACCCUUGGGAUACCACAAAAACAAUCCUCAGACCGUAUUGCUUUCUCCUCUGGCCUGGAACCAUAGUACAAAAUUUCUUAAAGCAAGUCUGCCUCAAUCCUGUGGAACGUAAAGUGUGAUUCACAGAAAGGGCCAUCUGUCGCCACACAGUUGAACUCCAGUGUCAGUGCUAGCGUGCAAAUUCCAGCCUUCUUCGCCAAAGGAUAGUAGUCAGUAUGGGUCCAUGAACCAGGUGCCUGCUGCAGAGGCGCAUAUGCUCAUCACUGAGCAGCUAUCGAGGAGACGGUGUUGGAAGUCCCUUGGUUCAUCUGGGCAGUCAGUUGCUCAACAACAGUGCUUCUAUUCGCUCUAACACAUCUCCAAGGUCAUUGUCCAUUUCUCUUGUCUAUGGCCCAUGGUGCACAACAGUUGUCCUGGCGCCGAUUUUGGGUAACACCAUUUUGCCAUGCAUGGUAUUCUUUAACCAUAAUGGCACACAAACUGUUAACCAACACAGUACUUCAGUAACGAUUGCAUCUUAGGCCUGAAAGCCAAUGAUACUGUCCUUAUGCGAGUCAAAUAAGUCUAUCUGUUGCCAUAUUACGACGUUGAUGACUGCACUGUUUUUCGCAUCCCCUAGCAAGCUUUAUAUACCCUCCAAUGCUUGUGCUGCCAUCUAUAACCAAUGUAGUCCUGGUGACAUUAUUCUGACUAGGCAGAAAUC